AUGAACUCUGAUACUAGAAUUCUUAAUUCUACAAUCCGGUUCGAAACAUUAAAUGCAUACACUUCUUCAAGCGUUACUGAUAUAAAUACUAGUCAAAAACAAAAUGAACAAAGGCAUAAGCAAGAUAAAAGAGUCCGUAAAGAAUUGGACACUCAAAUGCUUGAUGACCUUUACGAACCCAUUCAAAAAACCUUUCUGCAUAAUUCAAAACUUUUAAAUUCGAAGAAUGUUGAUAUUUCUUUUGGUGGCAAUGAAAUUAUCACGACUGGAAUGUGGAAUUGUAAUUAUAAUGAAAGAUGUUGA